AUGUAUCAUCCGCUCACCUUUACGCACAUCAAAUCAAGCGACCAAGAAAACCUUGAUGGAAAUGUAGCAUCUGUAUCCAAAUAUACCAACCGCAUGAUCAUAAUCAAAUCAAGGAAAUGCAACAAAGAUAGCAACCAAGACGAAUUCAAGCGCAUAAUUAAAUCAACGCAAGACAUCAAAGAUAACAACCAAGAUAAAUUUGAGUCCCCCCCAUCCCCCGCCCAUGUUAGCUUAGUGUUCGGUGUCUCGUCAUAUGACCAACAUCCCCCCACCAGACUACAACUCCAAGUCAAGCAAAAUCUACAAAAUCCCCCCAAUACCAAUACGCUCUCGCUCCACUCCCCAGCAACAAAAUCAUCAAAAAUCACAAAAAUCAAGCAAAACCAAGUCAAGUCUGCAUCAAAUUCUGACCUACCGCAACGCAUCACCCAAGACAAGCACUGCCCGAGCAACAACAAAAUUCUGUCCCCAGCCAAGACCACCAUAGCAACAAAAGCGCAAAAACAUACAACAAUCAAGCAAAAUCCAGUCAAGCCAAAACCAAAUUCCGACCUCAGCCAACACGUCGCCCCAGACAAAUACCACCCACAACAAUCCCUACAACAGCAACAAUCAAGCAAAUCAAAACUCUGUUCCCCGCCACAUCUACCACAGCAAUAA